AUGGGCUAUCACCUCAAGCAUUCCCGUUCCUUCUCCAAGCUAAUCAGGCGAGUAGCAAGCUUCAGCAAAAAACCGGCCACUCGCGACGAGGACAAGUUCCCCUCCGACUCGCCACUUGCUCUCCCGCCGACGAGUUGCUCUCUGCGCACCAAAUCUGAACCUUUACAACCCCAGCAAAAACACUCCAUCCUGAUGGCCGAAGAAGAAGACUUUAGCUCCAUCCCCCUCCAGGAUAGGUUUGCCCACAAGGUCUGGAAAGUCCGAAAGGGAGCCUACGAAGAGGCCGCCAAGGCAUUCGCCGCCACCGCCGACGAGUACGACAAUGCCUUCAGACCCUUCAUUUCCGACUCGGGCAUCUGGAAAGGCGCCGUCGCCGAUUCCAACGUUGCCGCUCAACAAGAGGGUCUCGCCGCAUACUGUGCCUUUCUCAAAUUCGGCGGUAAGGAACACUGCACAAGGACGCGCGGUGUCACGAUAGGGCCUAUAUGCGAGAAGGGUCUGCCCUCAACCCGCGCCGCCGCUAAAGAAUCGUCGCUGGAAGCCCUCCUCCUGCUCGUCGAGCUCGAUGUUGCUGGCCCCGUCAUUGAAGAGAUCAUCCCCGCCCUCUCCAACAAGCAGCCCAAGGUUGUCGCCGCCGCCAUCACCGCCCUGACGGCCAUCUACCACAGCUAUGGCUGCAAGACAGUCGACCCAAAACCCGUUCUGAAGGCCCUCCCCAAGGCUUUCGGCCAUGCCGACAAGAAUGUUCGCGCCGCCGCCACGAACCUUGCCGUCGAAUUCUACAGGUGGCUGCGCGAGGCCAUGAAGCCCAUGUUCUGGGGUGACCUGAAGCCCACGCAACAGACCGACCUCGAGGCCCAGUUCGAGAAGAUCAAGUCCGAACCCGCUCCGAAGCAAGAACGCUUCUUGCGCUCACAGCAAGCCGCCAUGGCCCGCGCCCCGCCUCCAGGAGCCGAAGGGGAGGAGGAAGACGACGGAGAUUAUGGCGAGGAGCCGGCCGAGGUGGACGCGUUCGACUUGGCAGAACCCCAAGACGUGCUUGGAAAGGUCCCCGCCAACUUUAGCGAGGCCUUGGCAUCGUCUAAGUGGAAGGAGAGAAAGGAAGCGGUGGAGGGACUCUACGCUGCAAUCAACGUCCCGAGAAUCAAGGACGGCGAUUUCAACGAGAUCAACCGCGGGCUCGCGAAAUGCAUGAAAGACGCCAACGUUGCCGUCGUCACUCAGGCUGCGCAAUGUAUCGAGGUCUUGGCCAAAGGUCUGAGAUCCGGCUACGCGAAGCACCGCGCCACCGUCAUGCAGCCCAUUAUGGACCGCUUGAAGGAGAAGAAGGCGUCGGUGGCGGACGCUCUGGGCGCCGCUCUGGACCAGGUGUUCCUGGCGACGAGCCUCACAGAUUGUCUCGAGGACAUCAACACGUACCUCGUUCACAAGAACCCCCAGGUCAAGGAGGGCACCAUGAAGUUCCUGAUUCGCUGUCUGAGGACGACCCGAGAUGUUCCCAGCAAGCCCGAAAUUGCCUCUAUUGUCGAGUCGGGCAAGAAGCUGCUGUCCGAGUCCAGUGAGGGCCUCCGCUCGGGUGGUGCCGAGAUUCUGGGUACCGUCAUGAAGAUUAUUGGCGAGCGUGCCAUGGGCCCGCACAUGGAGGGCCUCGACGACAUCCGCAAAACCAAGAUCAAGGAGUUCUUUGAGACCGCCCAAGUCAAGGCCAAGGAGAAGCCUAAGGCGCCUCCUCCAGCAGCAAAGGCGCCGCCCCCGAAGAAGCUCGUCGGAGGCAAGAAGCCGGCGAUGAAGAAGCCGGUAAUGCCUGCAGCAGCUGCGCCCCCGCCAGACGAUUUCGAGCCCCCCUCUCCGCAAGCCUCGUCCCGUUCCAAGCCAGCCGGCACCAAGAUGGGCAUGCCGAAGCCGUCGGGUCUCGCUGGUCUCAAGUCGAAGCGGCCUCUCGGGGCACCUUCCGCCGCCUCCCCUCGUCGUCCUGCGGCUGCUCCCAUCAUGCCCGAAGAUGAUCCCGCCCCUCCUCCACCACAACCUCGCAUUGGUCUCGGUCGCGGCGGGCUUGCCGGACGCUCGCUUGCCAAGCCUGCUGCUGCCCCUGUGCAAAUGCCUCCUGCGUCGCCACCACCCUCCGACGGGCUUACCGCGAUGGAGCGGGCCGAGCUCGAGGAAUUGAGGGCUGCGAAUGAGCGCCUCGCGCGCCAAGUCGAAGAAAUGCGUCACGAGAGGAGCAAGUACAUGUCUGAGAUCCAAGAGCUCAAGAACCAGAACGCCGGCCUCAUCGAAGACCACACCCGCGACGUUCUCAGCAUCAAGGCCAAGGAAACACAGCUGGUCCGCGCAAGAAGCGAUGCCGAGGCCACGGAACAGACCAACGACCGCCUCAGACGCGAGCUUGACCGCCUCAAGAGGGCGCUCAACCACGCCGAAGGCCUCAACUCUAGAUCGGGUAUGGCCAGCCCUGGCCUCACUUCACCGACGUACGACGACGUCGGCAUCUACCGCGACGCUUCGUUUGGUUCAUCUUCUGCCAGACACAACCGCGUUAGCUACGCCAGCAACAUGUCCGAGGAGAAGGAGAACGGAGACCACUACUACCCUCGCUCAAAGGCGCUCAGCCCGGAACUCAGGUAUACAGGCAGUGCCUCAUCUGGCCGCGGCAGCCCUGCUAGAGGCUACCGAAGCAACGUGGCCACCCCCGUUGAUGACAUGCCGCCACCUUCAUACCCGUCCGGCGGAGGAAAUGGUAUGACAUCGAACAACCAUAACAGCAAUGGCGUGGAAAGCUGGAAGCGUGCUGCCGAGGUGACAAGCCAGCUCAAAGCCAGAAUCGAACAGAUGAAGGCGAAACAAGGAUUUGCCCGUCCCUAG